AGGCCGGAGGGCCCCGCGCCCUCGGCCCCAGCGCGGCCGCGAACCGCUCUCUCUCUCCGGAGGCGAGGCUCGGAGGUCCUACAGGUAUGGAUCUCUGGCAGCUGCUGUUGACCUUGGCAGUGGCAGGCUCAAGUGAUGCUUUUUCUGGGAGUCAAGCCACACCAGCUAUCCUUGUCAGAGCAUCUCAGAGUCUACAGAGAGUCCAUCCAGGCCUAGAGACAAAUUCUUCCGGGAAGCCUAAAUUCACCAAGUGCCGUUCACCUGAACUAGAGACUUUUUCAUGCCACUGGACAGAUGGGGUUCAUCACGGUUUACAGAGCCCAGGAUCCAUACAGCUGUUCUAUAUCAGAAGGAGCACUCAAGAAUGGACUCAAGAAUGGAAAGAAUGCCCCGAUUAUGUCUCUGCUGGAGAAAACAGCUGUUACUUUAAUUCAUCUUAUACCUCCAUUUGGAUCCCCUACUGUAUCAAGCUAACUAACAAUGGUGAUACUGUGGAUCAGAAGUGUUUCUCUGUUGAGGAAAUAGUGCAACCAGAUCCACCCAUUGGCCUCAACUGGACUUUACUGAACAUCAGUUUAACAGGGAUUCAUGCAGAUAUCCAAGUGAGAUGGGAACCACCACCAAAUGCAGAUGUUCAGAAGGGAUGGAUAGUCCUGGAGUAUGAACUGCAAUACAAAGAAGUAAAUGAGACCCAGUGGAAAAUGAUGGACCCUGUAUUGUCAACAUCAGUUCCAGUGUACUCAUUGAGACUGGAUAAAGAGUAUGAAGUGCGUGUGAGAUCCAGACAACGAAACUCUGAAAAGUAUGGCGAGUUCAGUGAGGUGCUCUUUGUAACACUUCCUCAGAUGAGACCAUUUGCAUGUGAAGAAGAUUUCCAGUUUCCAUGGUUCUUAUUUAUUAUCUUUGGAAUAUUUGGACUAAUGGUGACAUUAUUUUUAUUCAUAUUUUCUAAACAACAAAGGAUUAAGAUGUUGCUACUACCCCCAGUUCCAGUUCCAAAGAUAAAAGGAAUUGAUCCAGAUCUCCUCAAGGAAGGAAAAUUAGAAGAGGUGAACACAAUCUUAGCCAUUCAUGACAACUAUAAACACGAAUUCUACAAUGACGACUCUUGGGUUGAAUUUAUUGAGCUAGAUAUUGAUGACCCCGAUGAAAAGACUGAAGGAUCAGACACAGACAGACUUCUAAGCAAUGACCAUGAAAAAUCACUUAAUAUCCUUGGGGCAAAGGAUGAUGACUCUGGACGUACCAGCUGUUAUGAACCUGACAUUCUGGAGACUGAUUUCAAUGCCAGUGACACGUGUGAUGGUACCUCAGAGGUUGCUCAGCCACAAAGGUUAAAAGGGGAAGCAGAUCGCUUGUGCCUUGACCAGAAGAAUCUAAAUAACUCACCUUCUAAUGAUGCUGCCCCUGCUAGCCAGCAGCCCAGUGUUAUACUAGGAGAGGAAAACAAACCAAGAUCACUUCUUAUUGGCAGAACUGAGUCAACUCCUCAAGCUGGCCAUACGCAGCAGCAGCUCAGCAAUCCAAGUUCAUUGGCAAACAUCGACUUUUAUGCCCAGGUAAGUGACAUUACACCAGCAGGGAGUGUGGUCCUUUCCCCGGGCCAAAAGAAUAAGGCUGGGAUCUCCCAGUGUGACAUGCAUCCAGAAGUGGUCUCACCCUGCCAAGCAAACUUCAUCAUGGACAACGCCUACUUCUGUGAGGCAGAUGCUAAAAAGUGCAUCGCCCUGGCCCCUCAUGUCGAAGUUGAAUCACAUGUAGAGCCAAGCUUUAACCAGGAAGACAUUUACAUCACCACGGAAAGCCUUACCACUACUGCUGGGAGGUCUGGAACAGCAGAACGUGUUCCAAGUUCUGAGAUGCCUGUCCCAGACUAUACCUCCAUUCAUAUAGUACAAUCUCCACAGGGCCUCGUACUCAAUGCAACUGCCCUGCCCUUGCCUGACAAAGAGUUUCUCUCGUCAUGUGGCUACGUGAGCACAGACCAACUGAACAAAAUCAUGCCGUAGCUUUUCUUCGAUUUCCCAUGAGCUACAUAUUUAAUGAGUUACCUAUUUACUCUAGCAAAGAGUUGAUUAGGGCAUGAAUGCU